CCCGGCCUGGCAGCUCAGCUUGCGGACCCGCUGGGGACUCCGCCAUCCCGCUCGCGGCUGGAGCCCGGUGGCCUUCCCGAAGGAGACUUGAGACGCCCGGCGACAUGGCAGGCGGCCACCGCCUCCUGCUGGAGAACGCGCGGCAAGUGGUGCUGGUGUGCACCCGCGGCGAGCGCUUCCUGGUGGGCGAUGCUCUGCGCAGCCUAGCGGUGCUGGAGGGCGCCAGCCUGGUGGUGGGCACUGAUGGGUUUAUAAAAGCUAUUGGUCCUGCUGAUGCUAUCCAAAGACAGUUUUCCGAAGACACUUUUGAAGAAAGAAUUGACUGCUCUGGGAAAUGUAUCCUACCAGGUUUGGUGGAUGCCCACACACAUCCCGUAUGGGCUGGUGAAAGAGUCCAUGAGUUCGCAAUGAAGUUGGCAGGAGCCACAUACAUGGAUAUUCACCAGGCUGGAGGCGGGAUCAACUUCACGGUGGAGCGCACUCGCGAAGCCUCGGAGGAGGAGCUGUUCGGAUCUUUCCGGCAGCGGCUUCAGUGCAUGAUGAGGGCUGGCACCACGCUGGUGGAGUGCAAGAGCGGAUACGGCCUCAACCUGGAGACCGAGCUCAAGAUGCUGCGCGUGAUCGAGCGUGCCCGGCGAGAGGGGCGCAUCGGCAUCUCGGCCACUUACUGCGGGGCUCACUCAGUGCCCAAAGGAAAAACUGCCAAGGAAGCUGCUGAUGACAUCAUCAAGAACCAUCUCCCAAAGCUGAAGGCACUUGGCAGAGAUGGGGAAAUACGUGUUGACAAUAUAGACGUGUUCUGUGAGAAGGGCGUCUUUGAUCUGGAUUCUACCAGAAGGAUUCUUCAAAGUGGAAAAGAGAUGGGGUUACAGAUUAACUUCCAUGGGGAUGAGCUGCACCCAGUGAAGGCUGCUGAGCUUGGAGCUGAACUGGGAGCCCAGGCAAUCAGCCACCUGGAAGAAGUGAGUGAUGCAGGCAUCACUGCCAUGGCAACGGCCAGGUGUGCCGCGGUCCUUCUGCCCACCACGGCGUACAUGCUGAGACUGAAGCAGCCUCGAGCCAGGAAGAUGUUACAUGAAGGGGUGAUAGUUGCCCUGGGCAGUGAUUUCAACCCGAAUGCAUAUUGUUUUUCAAUGCCAAUGGUCAUGCAUCUGGCCUGUGUGAACAUGAGAAUGUCCAUGUCGGAGGCCUUGGCCGCUGCCACCAUCAACGCGGCUUAUGCACUGGGAAAAUCUCACACGCAUGGAUCUUUGGAAGUUGGCAAACAGGGAGACCUCAUUGUCAUCAAUUCGUCCAGAUGGGAGCAUUUGAUUUACCAGUUUGGAGGCCAUCAUGAAUUAAUUGAAUAUGUUAUAACUAAAGGAAAAAUCAUCUACAAAAAAUGAUAAUCUGGAAGGAAAGAGAAGACACUUCCACUGUGUCAAAUCAGUCAAUACAUCUGUAAGAGAUGGUACCUUAGUGGUUGACCAGAAUCAUGUCAUUUAAAUCUAAAUAUACUUCAUUGUAUUAUUAAUUCACUUGAAAAGCCCAAGGAAUUGAUUCGAAUCAAGGGACAUGUAAAAAGGUAAACCCAUGGUGCUGAUAAUCUGAAAUCAUUAAAUGGUCUCACAAACAUUGGUUUUAAAAUUAUGAAGAUCGGGGCAGGGGUUAUGGCUGAGUGUUAGUGCACUUGUCUGUCAUGUGUGAGGCACUGGGUUCGAUCCUCAGCACUACAUAUAAAUAAAUAAAUAAAUAAAUAAAUAAAUAAAUAAAUAAAUAAAAGGUAUUGUGUCCAUCUACAACUAAAAAGUAUUUUAAAAAAUAUUCUGAAGAUUAAUAUAGUGGGGGAAUCACAAAAAUACCUUUGAGGGAAAAGCAGACUUGGCUUGAAAUGUCCAUUUUAUUUCUGAAUCUCAAAUUUCAGUUUUGUUUUUUUUAAAUUUUUAUUUGUUUUAAUUAGUUAUAUGUGACAGUAGAGUGCAUUUAUGCACUUUGAUAUAUCAUACAUAGAUGGGAUAUAAUUUCUCAUUUGAGUGUACAUGUUGUAGAAUCGUAUUGGUCAUGUAGUCACAUAUAUAUAUAUAUAUAUAUAUAUAUAUAUAUAUAUAGUAAUAAUGUCUGUUUUAUUCUACUAUCUUUCCUAUCCCCACAUACCCUCCCCUCCCCUCCCUUUACUUCCCUCUACCUAAUCUAAGGUAAUGCUAUUCUUAUCUAGUGCCCCCAACCUUAUUGUGAAUUAGCAUUCCCAUAUUAGAGAAAAUGUUCAGCCUUUGGUUUUUUGGGAUUGGCUUAUUUCACUUAGCAUGAUAUUCUCCAACUCCAUCCAUUUACUGGCAAAUGCCAUAAUUUCAUUCUUCUUUAAAACUGAGUAAUAUUCCAUUGAAUAUAUGUGCCACAUUUUCUUUAUCCAUUUAUCUAUUGAAGGACACCUAGAUUGGUUCCAUAGUUUAGCUAUCAUGAAUUGAGCUGCUAUAAACAUUGACAUGGCCGAAUUCAUAUUAUAUUUGGUGAACAUUGUGGGAUGGAAGCAAAUCCAAGUGAUAUGCCCCAAAUUGAGCUAAAAAUAUAGCCUUUUCUAACAAGCAAAUAGUAUUUUCUCUCCUUACACAGUUUGUCUUUCUAGAUGCUCUUCAGAUGAACUAGUGUCCCCAGGGGACAGAUGUCCUUCCAUUAAUACUGUGUUUUCAACCCUAGCCAUGAAGUGUCGUGGCGGAGUUCAGGAUUCCUCCCUUUACACAGGGAUACAGGAGCCUUUUACAUUUUGAUCAACCCUUAUAAUGUAGUUUUUUAAAAUUGUUAAGUCUUUGAUUCUCACUAGUCCCUAAAAAGAUUUUACAACUCUCAAUAAAUAUUUGCUGUUGCUGUUA